UUAAAUUCCUUCAUGGUAUCAAAACUCCCUGGAAAAUGCUUCUGCCCCCAAUUCUACAUGGUUGCCUUCUAUUAUGUUGUCUCCUUUGAUCUUCCUCCUAGCCAUGGUCCUCAUCAGUCUUUUUGUGGUGGUGGUCGUGGUUUUCGUGGCCGCAAAGCAGGCCGUGGUUGGGGCAGACGCACAUGUAUUUCCCGUUGCCAAAACUGCAAAACCGGAGGCCAUACUGCUGAUAGGUGUCACAAUCGGUAUGACAAUGCUCCUGCUUCUGCACAUUUGGCUGAUUCUUUUGCAAAUCAAUGUUUUAUUACUCCACAUGAUACCUGAGAUUGGUAUGUUGAUACUGAUGCUUCGUCUCACAUGACGCCUACUUCCAGCACGCUAGACAACUUCUCAGCCUAUGGUGAUAAGAGUGCAGUUGUUGUUGAGCCGAAAGACAGACACAAUACUGGCCAAAGGCAAACGUGAAGGAGGCUUAUAUGUUUUACAAGCACAGCAGGCUCAUACCGCUCUCUCUGCAGCUCUUAGAAGAGAUUCUGCAGCUCUUAAAAUGAGAGCUUUAUCUGUUUCCUCCCUUUUACCUGAUCCCCACAUAUGUACCACUUGCAAAUGGCCAAGAGCC